AACAUAUAAACAUGUCCUAUUUAACUUCCUUGUAGGUUGUGAAAAUCAUUGAAGGAAAUGAAUUCGAAGUGUCAUAAGAACAACGUUAACUCAAAAGGAUUUUUUCUAUACACUUAAAGGUCAUGGCAUCCAACAAACCUAUACCAUGUGGGCCUUGUCACAAGGGAGAACUAACCACAAAUGCUGAGUUCUGGUGUUAUAACUGUGAAGAAGGAUUAUGUUCAACAUGUUCUGGUCACCAUAAAAUAUCUAAAUCAUUAUGUGAUCAUAAAACCAUUAAUAUCAAAAGUUAUAAACUAUUAAAUAAAGCCAUCGAAACAGAAUGUGACAAACAUGGUCAACAACUCAACUUGUACUGUCCUAGUCAUUUAAUGCCUUGUUGUGAUGAAUGUAUUCCUACUAGUCAUACAAAAUGUACAGGAAUAAAAAGUUUAGCUAGUGUAGUAGAGAAAACAAAAAUGGUAAAAUCAAAAGAAUCUUUAGAUAAAGAUAUAACCUCCAUCUUAGACAUCUUGAAUAAAAUGGUGAUCAACAAAUCAGAAAAUAUCAAAAGAGGUGAACAACAGUGUGAAAGCAUCAAAGGCAGGAUUAUAAAAUUCCGUAAGAAAAUAAAUGAACAUUUAGACAAACUAGAGAAGAAGUUAUACCAAGAAACAAACACCAUCUUGAAUGAAGAGAAAUCAAAUGCAUCAGAUUUGAUAAAUGAAAUUGAAGAAAAGAUAAGAGAACUAGAUGGAGUGAAAGAUUAUCUACAUGCUUUCACAACACAUAGUUCUAAACUACAAUCCUUUCUAGGAGUACAUCAGAUUGAACAACAAGUAAAUCAAUAUCAACAAUAUGUUGAGGAUCUGGAAGGUGAUGACAGGAAUAAAGAAUUUGACAUCAAAAUGGAGCAAAAUAAUGAAAUGGAAAAGACCCUAAAAAAAAUAGAAUCUCUUGAAUCACUAGCAGUUACAGUUAUCAAAACAGAUAAACCAAUGAAUAGAAAAACAAGUGUGAGUCAGAAAGCACAAGUACAAUUACAACCACAAUCAAACAUAAACAAAAUGACAAUGAAUAUUGAGACAAAGAUAGAUUUAAACAUGGAGAAGUCUAUUAGUGACUUGAUUUGUCUGAUGGAUGGUAGAGUUGUAGUUGUUAAACAGAGUGAUACUGCUAAUAUACUUACUUCUGAUGGCAAACUACAGAAACAGUUACCUUUACCUGGUAGAGUUGUAAGUGUAACACAGAUCAAUCACAAUAUUAUAGCCAUGACUUAUCCUGGUGAGGGAGCCAUUAAAAUCUUCAAUAUAGAGAAUGAAAUAGUUACCAAAGUUAUCACAUUAAACAAAGCAUGCUAUGGAAUAUCAUUCUCCAAUAAUUCCCUGGCUGUAGGUCUGGAGAAAGAUGAAAUUCGUAUUAUAGACUUAGAAGGAUAUACACUGAAGUCAAUAAAAGUUGAGAGUAAAUCAUCCCUGUUUCACCUUGUUUACUGUAAUGACAGAGUAAUCUAUAGUGAUUAUUUAGGUAAAAAAGUUUACUGUGUGAAUGGAUCAGGUAAACAGAUCUGGAAAUAUACAGAUUUAUCUGAACCAUGGGGACUUUCUACAGAUUUAUAUGGUAACAUUUUUGUAGCAGAUAAUGGAUUUCAUAGAAUAAUAGUAAUAUCAAAAGAUGGACAGAAGAGUAAAGAGCUGACUAAUGAGAAUGAACUGGAGCUUCCUCGGUGCAUUUGUUUUAGUAAACACAAUGAGUCAUCAGGCUUUAUUUGUGAUUUCCCAGGAACAUACUUGGUAAAAUUCAAUUUAUCUCAUGAAUAAGAUAUACAUGUACACUGAAGAAUCUUUUCCAUUAAAUGAUAAAAAUUUUAAUUGAUUUAUAU